GGGAGUUAUGAAGAGAGGGAUUUUCGGUAUCCUCCGCAAGUAAACAGUAACUUGAAUAUCACAGUGUGAUCUUUGUAUGGAAUAUUGUUAUGACAAAGGAGAAAAGAAAAAUCCCAGAUUGCUUUUGAUGCGGGGCAGCACUAGUGAAAAUCAGCAAACCGCUGGGCUAAUGAAUGCAGAGGAGAAGCGCGAACCGCGAUGCAGACGUCUUUUGACAAAACUGCUCUAGUAAUGGAUUGCCUGUGUACUUCAUCAAAGACCAACAGAUAAUUUUCGCAUAAGAAUCGGCGAUUUUAUCAUUGAAUAGGGUCAUCAUGAACGGAUACACGACAGUGACCAACAAUAAGGACUCCACAAAGGCAAUUAACAUUAAUAAACAGGAACCAAAAAUUGGACUUCACAAAAACGACUGUAAUUUGGGUAUACCCGAGUCGGACAGCGGCGAUGACUCGGAGAAUACCUACAGACAUUACAGCGACAACGUGGACACUGACGUCAGCAACACCCAGGAUGAGGGGGACCCCCCGUCCCCGCCCGUCCCCCGGGCAGCCGACAGGUGCUUGUUGAAUAACCUGAACAUAGUAAGCAGUGUGAUCAGUAGUGACUCGGAUAGCUGUACGGAGGGAGAGUUUAUCUUGGACCGCGGCGGGCAGACGACAGACGAAACCAGCACGUCCUCGGAAUCUGAUGAGACACAGAUAUGGGUAGGGAACAGGACUCGAACCAGUGGUAGCGUCUCAACGCCCCCUCUCCCCAGCCUGACCAGCUCAAACGCUAGCGACAGUCGCGUGCAGAGUCCAAGCCACAGGAAUAAUACAAUACCCAGGUAUUCCUCGCGGGAAGUGUCCUCGUCUGGAAACGCGUCAGUUGUGACGUCACUAGCGGGCACCGGCGACGAGGCGAACAUUGGUCGGGACCGGAGCCACUCUUGGCACGAACUUCCGAGUGACGUAGAAUGUCAGAUCCAGAGGAGGUCGUCCCGAAAUAUCAGCCUGCUGCGUCAUAAUCCUAGAACCGGAAACACCGAAACUAUAGUGAUUGAAACUCACCCCAACGGAGAUUCAGGACUCGGCCAUGAUGUCCAUUCAACCUCGGAGGAACUCUUUUAUCCGGACUCGCCAUCUAAUGCAUCAUGGUCAAUUCUGAAGAAGAAAAAUGGCCGAUAUAAUGACGUCAAUAUUCCAGUUGACUCCACUCUCAUGGACAGUAUGUUCACGAGCAUCAGCGGCCUUUACGCCAUGGCGAUCGUGGUCCUGGGCUGCGUUAUUCCAGUAUCACAGAUCUUCUCCAGCGAAGCUUUCAACUUCUCCUUCCUCUUUGAUGGAUUUUACAUCUACAUUCACACAGUCAGUAUUAUUUUCCUCAUUUAUGCGUAUGUCUACCUCCUUCGAAACAAAUCCCUCAAACUUCGACGCAACCUUCGCAGGAAUCACUACAGCUCACCAUCUUCCGGUUCUCGAAGCAACUUAAAACGGAAGUACUCCUUUGAUGAUUCCCGGACCUAUCAUACCGGAAGCUUUUAUCUGAGAUUAGGUGCCGUAGGUUUUGGAAUCGGAAGUAUGAUUCAGAGUGGUCUUCAGUUUGGGGAGGUAUUUGACACGGAUACCGACCCCCUGACCCACCCCUGUAAAAGCAUCGCCCAGGGGGCAAGGCCCAUCAUCCGUCUCAUCUUUACUUUUGUGCAGCUUUAUUUUGUCUUCUUGAAUUCGAAGAUGUGCGUACACCGGUAUAAAACUAUAGCGAGAUUCGGGAUGAUGCAUAUGGUGGCUACAAACCUUUGUGUGUGGACCCAGAAUAUUGUCCAGGAGACCCUACGUGAAAUAAGACAUCUGCACCAGCCCGACAGAGGAAGCAACGAGAGCUCCGAUAAAGAGAUAAGCUUAGUUUCAUCAAGCAAUAUCACAAGAUACCGUCUCGGAUGUCACAUGAAUUCUUUGAUGUCUGACGUUGUGGAAACUUCCAGUUCCUAUCUAUACCCAUGUACCAUAGAAUACAGUCUCAUUUGUGCAGGGAUUCUGUACGUGAUGUGGAGAAAUAUUGGAAAACGUGGGCAGGUGCCCGAGGAAGUAGCAAACGAGGAGGAAAGCAAGGCCAAAUCUCAGCGGAUGACGGUGGACUGUUCCCGCUCUAGUCGUGGCCUCUUCCUGGGGAUCUUCAUUCUGGUGGGGACAGUGAUCACCAUGAUAACGUUCUUUGUUUUGAUACGGUCCGAUACCUACCUGUCCACGGCGGUCAAACUGGAACAUUUAUCCGCCGUAGUGAUCUACGUGGUGACGUCAAUAGCCGUAGUGCUUGCGUUCCACAGAAUGCAGAUGUUACGAGUAAAUUCGGACAGAGAAAUAGACUUGGAGGAGUCGCUACUUCUCUUGGGGUUAGGGGGCUUGUAUGUGUAUGCCUUUCUCAGUAUUAUUUCUGCCACAUUAAAGGAGGGACCGUUGGAUUAUUUAGUCGUUUUAUCCAGUGUGUUCCGUGUGUUCCAAGGAUCAUUACAAACGGUCUUCCUUUUGAGUGGAAUGCGCAAAUCAUCAUGGCGACGGGAGCAAGAGAGACAGAAGCCGGGGCGGGAAUACGUCACAUUUCUUCUGGUCAGUAACAUCGCCAUGUGGGGCUUGAACACUUUUGAAAUUCAGCGAUCUCAUGCUAACCCAGUACAGCUGGAGUUCUUUGGACCCGUAGCGUGGACAAUUUUCAAUCACCUAUCAGUUCCUCUGACCAUCUUCUUCCGGUUUCACUCCACCGUGUGUUUGUCUAACAUUUGGAAGAGCGCUUGGAAGCGACGCAUGCCCGCCGUCUAAGUUCACUUAUCUUUCGAGAAUUUCUAAUUUCCAUCAUUCAUAUUUAUAUUCUUGAAAAAUAUACAUCAGUUCCUUGUACUUGAGAAAGUAAAAUUUGUUAAGCUGGUGUAUUUUCACAUGUAUAUAGUUACGUACAGUUCAUUGUAUUUGAUAUCAGCAUCACUAUGGAUCAGAGAUGCAUUAUUUUUUUUAAGUGUUUGAUAACUUUUCGACAGGUGCUUAGUACCUAAGUGCAAGUGCUGAAAAACUCCUCGACAAAUUAACUUUUUAUUUAAAAAAAUGAAACCGUCAUGUAUAUAUAUACAUGUAUAUCAUAUCAAUUGUGUCAUUUGAUGAAUCAAGAUUAAAAAUGUCAAUACACCGGUA